AUGGCCGCCUACCUCGACCUCGUCCGGCAGUACUCGCAAACCGCGCUCGCGCAGGUCCCCGCACCUGCACAGCAGUACCUGCGCAACCCGCUCACGCCGAAGGCGCUCGCCGUUGUCCUAGCACUGAGCGUCCUGCGGACCAUCAACAAGUCCCUCUCGCAAUGGACCCUGAACAACUGGACCGGCAGCCCCCGCUGGAACCCGGCGCACGAGCUGGUCCUGAUCACAGGUGGCUGCAGCGGCAUCGGCAAAGAAGUCAUGGAGAACCUGUCCAAGACAGGUGUUCGGGUGAUCAUCCUGGACAUCAAUGAGCCAACCUCCGAGCUCCCCGCAAACGUCGCCUUCUACAAGGCGGACAUCACGUCGUCCGCAAACAUCGCGCAGGUGGCGCAGGCUAUCCGCAAAGACCACGGCGACCCGACGGUGCUCGUUAACAACGCCGGCGUCGGCCAUGACGGGACCAUCCUCGAAGAGCCCGAGGCCAAGAUCCGGCAGACGUUCGAGGUGAACACGAUCUCGCACUUCCUGAUGGUGAAGGAGUUCCUGCCGGCGAUGGUGCGGGCCAACCACGGGCACGUGGUGACGAUCGCGUCGAUGGCGUCGUUCGUGGCGCUGGGCGAGAUGGCCGAUUACUGCUGCUCGAAGGCGUCGGCACUGGCAUUCCACGAGUCGCUGCGCCAGGAGCUGAGGUCGUGGUACAAUGCGCCCGGCGUGCGGACGUCGGUGGUGCACCCGUUGUGGGUGCGUACGCCGAUGAUCAAGCUGUUGACCGACCACGAGGCGCAUUUCCGCCAGCCGAUUAUGACGGUGGAGUUUGUGGCCAAUGCGAUCAGUAAGCAGAUUCUGUCGCAGAAUAGUGGCCAGGUGAUUCUGCCGGCGAGCCAGUCGGUGGCUAGUCUGGUGCGGGCUAUGCCGACGUGGAUGCAGGAGGGCGUGCGGUCCUUUGCGUCCGGGUCGCUGCGGCGGCUACGAGAUGUGCAGCAGAAGGAGGGACUGUAA